GAGAGGAGGAAACUUCAGCGGUAGGGAAGCCCUUUUAUGUUUUCAACACUGGCCAGAUUAAAACGGCCACUCAGGAAAGAGAAGACCUGUAACUCCCACCAUACAGAGGUGCUCCCAAUGGCAAGUGCAGGGCUUUCAUGCAUUCUUUUCCCAGGAAAGGGGCUCUAAAGCCCCUCAUGAAUCCCCGAAAGAAAGUGGACUUGAAACUUAUCAUCGUUGGUGCUCUUGGUGUGGGAAAGACCUCUCUUCUUCACCAAUAUGUACACAAAACAUUUUUUGAGGAAUACCAGACCACACUGGGGGCCAGCAUUCUCUCCAAAAUGAUUAUACUGGACAACACAACUUUGAAGCUGCAGAUCUGGGACACAGGUGGUCAAGAGCGGUUCCGCUCCAUGGUAUCAACGUUCUACAAAGGUUCUGAUGGCUGUGUCCUGGCAUUUGAUGUUACUGAUCCAGAGUCCUUUGAAGCCCUGGAUAUCUGGAGAGAUGAUGUCCUGGCAAAGAUCAUCCCUAUGGAGCAGUCAUAUCCCAUGGUGGUGCUUGGGAACAAAAUUGAUCUGGAAGACAGGAAGGUGCCCCAGGAAGUAGCCUAUGGAUGGUGUAAAGAGAAGGACAUGCCUUACUUUGAAGUUAGUGCCAAGAAUGACAUCAAUGUGGUACAAGCCUUUGAGGUUCUGGCCAGUCGGGCUCUGAUGAGGUACCAAGGCACUGCAGAAAAUCACCUUGUAGACUCCAUCAAGCUCUUGCCAGGCCAGCCAAGGAGCAGAUGCUGCUGAUACCUGGAUCCCUCCUUCGGAGUCCCACCACAGCUGUGCAGGCCAUUCAUUCCAAGCUCAACCCCACCAGCCUGAACCCAAUUAGGAGGCUGAGCCACUGCCACAGGAGAGAAUGUCAAAGGCAAAUCCUGUCCCCAGAGAAAUCACAUGGGAAUCUUGAUGGCUCAAGGUCUUCUUCCUCCCCUCCCCCAACACAAUCCCACUCAGCCCUGCUCACCCCUUAAGCCCUGCUGACCUACACCUUUAGAUGGACAUGCAGCUCUGCUUCCCUCAGAAGCCAGGCCAAAGAGCCAGGGACAUGGACCACUCCUGGCAGGCAGAAGCCUACAGGCCUGAGACGUCUCACGGCUUCUUCCAGGGAGAAAGACAAAAGCUAUUGUUUCUGAUUCCCGGGUGCUCUGACAGUUCCUGUAACUGACCAGGCUUCAGUGUGCCCAUCUGCCAAAUUAGAAUUCCCAAUAGCCCCAUAUCCCAGUGUGCUUUGAGGAGCAGAAGCUCCACUGAAAUCCUGUUGCUGUAGACAUACAUUUACUCCAUGUGCAAGUGUUUUUGAUGCCUUCUAUGCACAUUGCACUGAGGUCUGGUAACUCACAAAACAGACUGGAAUCCUGACCUCCCAGAGGCACACCUGGAGAGAGAGAGGCAGCAGACACAGGAGGGCAGAGGACAGCAAUGAGGUGCUGUUUUAGACAAAGGUGUCCAAGAGGGCUUUCCUAUGGCAGUGACUGCCAGGCUGACAGCUGCAGUGUGAGCUACAGAAACAGCGUGUCAGGAGAGAGCACAGUGAGACCAAAGCCCUGAGGUGAUGGGAAGCAUGCUGCAUUCCAUGGGAAAGGUCUUUACCUGAGUAUCCAAAGCUGCAGUCUCAGAGAAGAGAGGCUCCGGAGAUCCUGCCCCCAGAGGAUUCCUUGGUGAUUUGAUGACUGGCCACCAGGGGACAGACUUGCCCUCUGCUUCCAGGCUGAGGAGUUCUGUUCUGGGGACACUUGAAAAGCUGGUGUUUCUGUCAAGAAAAUGGUUGAAGCUUGUUCCCAGGCUCUAGGAAUGUCAAGCACGAAUUAUUUGGGUAAGAAUUCAAAUGUCCUGGGUAAAAACUUUAAGAUCCUUGAGUCAUGCAACAAAUCAAAGUCAGAGCCAAACCACCAGAGCAAGAUACCUGGAUACUAUGGAUUCUGUGUCCUGUACAUUUCAAGGCUGUAACCUUCAUCUUCUGGCUUCACACAGCACAAAUAGGGUGGCACAGUCAGAAGGAGAUGGACAGGAUAAACUUUCAGGGUCUUCAACAGUCAGGUGCAUCCCUCAUGCCUACCAUAGACAUGACAUCUCUCUCUCCACAGAUGUCUCCUUUCCCAGAUUCCAAGCAGUGUUAAUCUCUAGGAAGAUUAACUUCUGACUUAAAAAGAUUCACCGAGAGGCAGGUGGUCACGGGCCACUAACCAGGGGAGUUGGAGCCUCAUCUGCCUCCUCCUAGCUCUGAAGUAUAAAGCAUCUCACCAGGGCAGCAGUCACAGAGUAAUCCCCUAGCACACCAUUGUCUGUAUCCCCCAUCACACUCACACACACACACACACACACACACACACACACACACUGUGUGUGUGGGUGAGCAUCAGCAUUAGCACCAUAUCUAAAUGAACACAACAACUAGGAAGUGCUUCCUUUGUUUUUCUCCUUUGUGGGACAAUACUCCCUCUUGGUCCGUGCUGGCAGUUUCAGUUACAUAUAGUCAACUGUGGAGCAAAAAUAUUAAAAACCAAAUUCCAAAAAUAAAUAAAUUACAACUUUCAAAUCAUAAGUCAUUCCAAGUAAUGUGAUGAACCUGUUUCCCAUCCUACCCAGGCCAGUCAUUCCUCUGUUCAGUGUAUCUAACCCAUCAGUCACCUUGCUGCUCUCUCACUUGUCAUUAUCAACUAUCAUCAUCUCAAAUACCCCUAUUAAUAGUAACAUAACCUAAAAUUAUUCUACCAUGCCUACGAAACUAUCUCAUAACAUGGAUAUGGUGUCAUCCCACCUCAUCACAAGUGUAUAAGAUUGAGAAUAGUACAAUAUUUUUGAAAUAUG